AUGGUCACCAGAUAUUUUGUGUAUCAUGGUCAAGAUUUGCUAGCAGCUAUGGGUUAUAAUCUUUAUGAAGGUAUCGGAAGAGGAUAUAUGACUGGAAAUUCAGAAAAAUUUGACGCAUCUGCAGACCUUCCAUGUUCUUCUACGCUUGAUAAUCAUUUUCAUCACCCAAAUGUUGGCUAUGGUGAUACUUCUUUAGAUGCAGCUGAUUUCUCACAUCUACGUGAAAUCAUUGGAAUAGAUAAUACUACAUUAGGUAUUUUGCAAGUGGAUGGAAUGGAUCUUUUCUCUAGUUUAAGUAUUAAUCGUAAAUCUGGAUUAUUAAUUGGAGCUAUUCAAGGUCCUAUUCCAAUAACACAAUCACAUACAAUUAAUGAUAAUAUUAUUCAAAAUAAUUUUCUGGCCGAAAAGGUUAUCCAAACACUCUAUAUUGAAGGAAAAUUGAGAAUUCCAGGCAAUUUCAAGUUUUGCAAGUCUGAAACAAGUGAAGAUCUUCAACAUGUUAUUACAAAAUUCAAGGAUGUGUAUACUAAUCAAAUAACAUGCACUGUUUCUGAUGCAGGAG